GACCGGGGCAGGGCGAGAGAGCGGGGCCGGCGGGGCGCGAUGGCGGAGGGCGGGGACGCGCCCGCCCCGGGCAGCGCAGGUCGCAACCUGAAGGAGUGGCUGCGGGAGCAGUUCUGCGACCACCCGCUGGAGCACUGCGAGGACACCCGGCUGCACGACGCGGCCUUCGUGGGGGACCUGCCCACGCUGCGCAGCCUGCUGCAGGACGAGAGCUUCCAGAGCCGGAUCAACGAGAAGUCGGUGUGGUGCUGCGGCUGGCUGCCCUGCACGCCGCUGCGCAUCGCCGCCACCGCCGGCCACGGGCCCUGCGUCGACUUCCUGCUGCGCAAGGGGGCCCAGAUCGACCUGGUGGACGUCAAGGGGCAGACAGCUCUCUACGUGGCCGUGGUCAACGGGCACCUGGAGUGUGCCAAGAUCCUGCUGAAGGCCGGCGCUGACCCCAACGGGAGCCGGCACCACCGCAGCACCCCGGUGUACCACGCGGCGCGGGUGGGGCGCGCCGACAUCCUGCAGGAGCUCAUCAGGUACGGCGCGGACGUGGACGUGAACCACCAGCCGGCGUCGCGCGGGCCGGGGCAGGCGCUGCGGCCGCUGACCACGCUGGUGGUGUGUCCCCUGUACAUCAGCGCUGCCUACCACAACCUGCCCUGCUUCCGCCUGCUGCUCCAGGCGGGAGCCGACCCGGAUUUCAACUGCUGCGGGCCCAUCAACGUGCAGGGCUUCUCGCGGGGCUCGCCCGUGUGCGUGCUGGACGCCGUACUGCGGCACGGCUGCGAGCCCGCCUUCGUGCGCCUGCUCGUCGACUUCGGCGCCGAUCUCAACCUCGUCAAGGUGGAGGCCCUGGGGCUCGAGGCCACAGGCAGGGUCAAGGUGAACGCCGAGGCGCUGGAGGUGUUCAAAGAGGCGAGGGGCCGCGCCCGGAGCCUCUUGUCCCUGUGCCGCAUAGCAGUGCGGAGAAUCCUUGGCAAAUCCCGCCUGGAUCUGAUCCACAGCCUUCCCAUCCCUGACCCCAUUAAACAAUUUUUACUCCAUGAAAACAGUUAAGGGGCGGCUGGCUGCUUUUGGGGACAGUGUGACUUGGUAAAUGAGUGCCCUGACAGAGCCAGGUGCCAACCCUGCCUCUUUUUCCUUCAUGGAGUGCACAUAAUUCCCUGCUCCUGUGGAUUGUUUUUUCUCCUCCAGAUUUAGGGUGCAGUGAUUCAGUGUCUUAUCUCCUUGGGGAGAGGCUGCUAAACGUGUGUGGGUGUUGCUGGAGCAAAUACAAUAUAUCCUGUAGCUGUUGGCAAAUGUGUAACCUCUGUUACUGAUCUGUGUCACACACACACACACACACCCCCCUGGGGUCUCUGUGGCAUUUCUGUGUGGGGAAAGUGUCCCUACUUUACUCUUUUUCCCAUCAAACCAGAAGUUCCUACCUACAUUUUACUCCAUAUCCCAUGGUAAGAGCAGAGAAAACCCACCCAGAUCCACGUAAUGGGUCUGUUUUGUUUGCAUCGUGGAAAAGGGAGAAAAAAGGGGGUUUUUUUGAGGAGCUGGGAGAUUUUGUGCUUCUAAUCACAGUGUAGCAUCCAGCAGCCUGGGCUCCUUUCACUUCCAGCGCCUCUUCAUGCCACAAACUCCCACAAGAGUCAAUUCUGCAGGGAUUCAGCAGCCUUUUGUUGGGGUCUCAGGAUCAGCCAGUGAUGUGCUCAGUGCAGAGGAAUCCUUGUCAAAACAGCAGCUUUAGAAGGAUAGAGAUGAUGAUGCCUUAGGAUCUUGGGAAAAAUCUCAGGUGAUAAUUGGUACUUGCUUUAACUUUUCUGAUUCAAGUAAAGUCACUGUGUUAUAAGUUAAUAUUUUUUUGGAUGAUUUUUCUUUGCUAGCUCUUCUCCCCACACUCAUCCAGCUGGCAAAGGUAAUUUUCCACAUGUGACCUUAAAGAUCAGAGAAUCCCAGCUUGGUUUGGGUUGGAAGGGACCUUAAAGCUCACCUAGGUCAUGGGCAGGGACAGCUUCCACUAUCCUGGGUUGCUCCAAGCCCUGUCCCUGGACCCUAUGGGGCCUCAGUGUUGGUUCCAAAAUGUUCUUUUCCCAGAGGCAUAAAUAAAUGGAAAAUCUAGCCAAAGCAGAGGAUGUUUCCAGACCUUCUCCAGGUGAGGUGCAGUGGAUGUGGAGCUGUGGGCAGGUGAGGAGGGGCAGUUCUGCACCGUUCCCUUCCCAGGCCUGCAGCUGGUUUUGGUUUUCCCGUCGCUGGCAGCGAGUUGUGCACUGGCUUUAUAGAGGUGUGAACAUGCCUGGGCGAUGCAAACAGGUUGUAAAGCCUCUUGGCACCUGGCUGGGGGAUCCAUAAUGGUUUGCAGGAGCUCACUGCGCUCCUGAGCUCCUGUGUGGGGAGGCAGAAAAUGAGAUGGGCUGGCUUGAGACAGUGCCACGGGA